AUGGCUUGCCUUGUCAUGGAAAAUUUGCAUCUAAACAUUUGUUUUUUGCCACUGCUGCAGGAAGGACGAAAUGUUCACGUCAUCGAAAGGGAUUUGACAGAGCCGGACCGGAUUGUUGGCGAAUUGCUUCAGCCUGGGGGUUAUCUUAAAUUGAUUGAGUUGGGCAUUGAAGAUUGUGUUGAGGAUAUUGAUGCCCAGCGGGUGGUUGGAUAUGCUCUUUUCAAGGAUGGAAAGAGCACAAAUGUUUCCUAUCCCUUGAAAAACUUCCAUUCGGAUGUGGCUGGGAGAAGCUUUCACAAUGGGCGCUUCAUACAGAAGAUGAGAGAAAAAGCAGCUACUCUUCCCAAUGUACGAUUGGAACAAGGCACCGUAACAUCCCUGAUUGAAGAAAAUGGAUCCAUUAAGGGUGUUCAGUACAAAACUAAGGCUGGCCAAGAACUUAAAGCACAUGCUCCUCUUACAGUAGUUUGUGAUGGGUGCUUCUCAAACUUGCGACGCUCGCUUUGUGACCCUAAGGUUGAUGUUCCCUCUUGCUUUGUUGGUCUGGUAUUGGAAUUGGAGAAUGAUCGACUUCCAUACCCAAACCAUGGGCAUGUUAUUCUGGCAGAUCCUUCUCCCAUCUUAUUUUAUCCUAUCAGUAGCACGGAAAUUCGCUGCUUGGUCGAUGUACCUGGUCAAAAGCUUCCUUCUCUUGCUAAUGGUGAUAUGGCAAAUUAUUUGAAAACUAUGGUAGCUCCCCAGGUACCACCUGAGCUACGUGAUGCGUUUCUAUCUGCAAUUGAUAAGGGGCAUAUUAAAACUAUGCCAAACAGGAGCAUGCCAGCUGCUCCCUAUCCUACACCUGGAGCUCUGUUGCUAGGCGAUUCUUUCAACAUGCGCCAUCCAUUAACUGGUGGGGGAAUGACUGUUGCGCUUUCAGACAUUGCAGUAUUAAGGAAUCUUCUUAUGCCAUUGCAAGACCUGAAUGACGCAGAUGAGUUGUGUAAAUAUCUGGAGUCAUUUUAUACUUUGCGCAAGCCAGUGGCUUCCACCAUAAAUACUUUGGCUGGAGCUCUGUAUAAGGUGUUCUGUGCUUCUCCUGAUCAAGCGAGGAGGGAGAUGCGAGAUGCGUGUUUUGACUAUUUGAGCCUUGGAGGCACUUGUUCAACUGGACCUGUAGCUCUACUCUCUGGUCUUGAUCCUAAUCCAAUGAGCUUGGUGCUCCAUUUCUUUGCAGUGGCCGUUUAUGGAGUUGGUCGUUUACUUGUACCUUUUCCUUCUCCAAAGAAGUUGUGGAUCGGAGCUAAAUUAAUAUUGUCUGCAUCAGGCAUCAUAUUUCCCAUCAUAAAGGCAGAAGGGAUCCGGCAAAUGUUCUUUCCAACAACAAUACCAGCAUAUCACAGAGCUCCUCCCGUGAAGACGGAGUCAGAUUAAGCAGAAAAUUUGUUGAAGUUUUGUUCCAUGAAUAGCAUUAACAUUUUUGCAGUUCCUUUCUCGAAGCACGAAAUGUAAGUUCCACUCUCCCCUCACCCCAAACCCUACAAAUAGAAUAAGAAUGACGACGAAACCUUAUUGUAGGCAUAUUAUACCAAAAGGAACUUCAAGUGUACGUAUUCAUUGAAAUCUACCUUAUUGUAGGCAUAUUAUACCAAAAGGAACUUCAAGUGUACGUAUUCAUUUAAAUCUAGUCAGACUCCCUACUCUGUAGAAAUGUAUAUUGUGGCAUUCACUUUAUAUCUUAGAGAGUUCAAUUUGUACGUCAGUUGUAGCUCUGAGAUAGACAUCAACGGUUAUGUUUCUGUAUUGUACAUCACAUUGAUGUAUGUAUCAGUUUGUUAUAAAGGUCUGCCUUUUGGUUUUCAACUUCAAUAUAUGCUUUUAAAA